AUGACAUUAUCUUUUAUCUUCCUUCGUAAACCGCAUUUUCUUCAUAAACGACGUCGACCUGCAUUUAUUGCUCGAAAUAUAGCUCAUCGAGGAGGUGCUGCAGAAUCUAUUGAAAAUACUGUACUCGCAUUUGACAAAGGAUUAACAAAUGGAGUAGAAAUGCUUGAAUUAGAUUGUCAUUUAACCAAAGACAAUCAAGUUGUUGUUCACCAUGAUUUUUCAGUAGAUAGAACUACUGGUGAAGAUGUAUUUAUCAGAGAUAUUAACUAUGAUAGUUUGCCUAAAAUUAAUACUCAUGUACAACUUUAUUAUGAUUCAAGUAAAGAAACAAGAUACAUUUUUUUGAAAAGAGUAAUGAUUUUGCUGAUAGGUACUGUCAUAUCAUGUGAUAAUAAUCCAACAAACGAAGAAUUAUUGCGUAUACCAUUAUUAAAAGAUGUUUUUGAACGUUAUCCAAAAAUACCAAUUAAUAUCGAUGUUAAAGAAAAUAACGAUGAACUUAUUCGACAGAUUUCGAAACUUAUUCAAGAAUAUCAACGAGAAGAUGUAACUUAUUGGGGUAGUUUUAAUCAUGUUGUAUGCCAAAAAUUAACUGUUGAAAAUACAAGUAUUGUUCGUUUUUGUUCAUUAAAAGAAGCAGCAGGUAUUGUCAUUGCCUAUUGGCUUGGUUUAUUACCCUUUAUACCAUUAACACCAGGUGCCUUUGAAGUACCUAUUCCUGGUGAAGUUUUUCAGUAUGAUCCAACAUUGACUCAAGAACAAAUGGCUGGUAAUAAAAUAGAUGCUUUAGUCGCUAGCUGGAAUACCGCAGCUAAAAAAUUUUUUUACAUUAGCUCAAAAGCAUUAUUUAAUGAUGCUGCCGAAAAAGUUCGUGCUCGUCGUGAAGCUGGAAAACAAUUAGUUGAAGAAUUAAACAAAGCUGUUGAAGCUAAUGAUAAUGCAACAACUGAACAAUUAUUAGGAAAAUGA